AAAAUAUCCCCUAUGAAUACCCCCACAAACCUCAGACGCUCUCACCAACUCCUCUCUUGCAUUCGAAAUCCAUCCAGUGCAAGCCUUCCUAGUCCUCAAUGGCCAACCCAUCGCUUCUCCUUGCCAUUUUCUUUGCUGCCCUCUACGUCCAAGGUGGGCUUUCAACUACGUUCACCGUCAAGAACAACUGCGCCAAAACGAUCUGGCCUGGCGUGCAGACCAACCCCAACGUCCCGGCGUUCCCGUCGACGGGCUUCCAGCUCGCCGCCUCGGCCUCCAAAUCGAUGAACGCCCCGGCCACGUGGGCCGGCCGGAUGUGGGGCCGGACCGGUUGCUCCACCGACUCGUCGGGGAAAUUUACAUGCCAGACCGGUGACUGCGGCAGCGGGCAGGUCGCAUGCAACGGCAAAGGUGGUACCCCACCCGCCUCGCUCGUCGAGUUCACGCUCAAGGGCGAUGGUGGGAAGGAUAACUACGACAUUAGCUUGGUCGAUGGCUUCAACUUGCCGGUUUCCAUCACUCCACAGGGCGUGUCGGGCUGCACCGCCCCAUCAUGCUCGGCGAACAUCAACGCCGUUUGCCCGGCAGUGCUGCAGGACAAGGUAUCCGGUUCCGUCGUCGGCUGCAAGAGCGCUUGCCUGGAAUUUAACCAGCCCAAGUACUGCUGCACUGGAGCCUAUAACACCUCGGCAACAUGCAAGCCGACGACCUACUCCGAGUUCUUCAAGAAAGAGUGCCCUCAGGCUUACAGUUACGCUUAUGAUGAUAAAACCAGUCUCUUCACUUGCACUGGGGCUAAUUACCUCAUCACCUUCUGUCCUUAAGAACGUUUGGUGCAUCACCGAGUCCUUGUUAUCUACACUAUAGUAAUAAUAGGAGAAUAAAGCCCAAAAUCCGGAGAGGGAGAGCAUGCUCUCCGAAUCAUCGUUUGUUGAGGCUCUCACGUCGUGCGGUCAUCCACCUGCACGACAAAAUAAUGCUUAUUUCAAAUAAAUAAACUUCUUUUUUGCUCCUUACGUUUGAGGGAGAGCAUCCUCCCAAAUUGUAUGAAGGGCAAUAAUUGGAUUGCGACAAUUUAGAUAA